UCUAUUAUUUUUGUUUACUUUGAUUUUUUUUCUUUUUUUCGUGAAAAUAAUUUUAUUCAGGUAUGAUGCGUAAGUCUGGAGUAUUACAGGGUCAUAUCACGUUUUACAAGGCUCAUAAGAGGGGAUCCACGCAUUUGAAGUCUUUGACAUAAAACUGUGGUCACUUGUUCGAUGUCUCGCAGUCGUUAAGAGGCAUUAUUUUCUUUAAUAGAAUUAUUAUUUUUUUUUUUCUUAUAAAAUUGAUUGUUGACGAGAAAAAAAAGUUUUUUCAUUUCUCGUCAAAAAUGACGACGACACAAUCGAGAAGAGUUUCGUCCAGGCGAAUUUCCAUUUCGGAAAAAAUGAAAACACCAUUACACAAACCAAAAGCUCUGUUUGGUUGUAGACACAUUCAGGUCCUCUUAAUGACUGGAGGAUACUUUUGUUGUUAUGUGAUAAGGGUCUCAAUGUCUGUUGCCAUUGAAGCAAUGACAGACAAAAAAUCAAAUCCAGACUUUGAGACUUUCGAGUGGAGUGAGGACAAUAAAAAUGUGGUGUUGAGCUCAUUUUUUUGGGGUUAUAUUUGGACUCAAAUUCCGGGUGGCCUUAUAGCACAAAGAUGGGGUGCGAAGAGAAUUUACGGUACGUGCAUGGGAGUCUGCGCGCUGGUGACAUUAUUGGUGCCAUUUGCCGCUUUUCACGGUGGAUGGCAGGCCGUUUGUGCAUGUCGGGUAAUUUCUGGUUUUUGCCAGGGUGUUGUACCCCCCAUUCUUCACAAUCUUUGUGCCAAAUGGGUGCCAUUUCCAGAGCGAGGAACGCUGACGACGUUUGUUUAUGCGGGUGGAUGGUUUGGGAACGUGUUUGCCCUGCAAAGUUCUGGCGUCCUUGCUGAUUCAUUGAUGGGAUGGCCCAGUGUUUUUUACUUUUGGGGAAUCAUCACAUUAAUUUGGUCAAUUUUGUGGCUAUGCCUCGGCAAGGAUUCGCCUGCCGAACAUCCUUCAUUGCCUCUUGACGAACGGGAGUACAUCGAGGUCAGUCUCGGUGUCACCGAGACAACUGAGCCAAUUCCAACACCGUGGAAAAAAAUAUUUCUCUCCGGACCAGUUUGGGCGAUUGUUAUUACACAAUCUUGUCAAGUUUGGGGCUUCUGGAUGCUUUUAACGAAAAUACCAAAUUACCUGAGUUCAGUUUUCAAAUUCAAUAUUAAAGAAAAUGGACUAAUAUCAUCGAUUCCAUAUCUCACAGCUUGGAUUCUCAGUUUUCCGAUUAGUUACUAUUCGGAUAUGUCAAUUAGAAAGAAUUUCCUUAGUGUUCGUGCAUCGAGAUUCCUUUGUAAUUCAAUUGGUGAAAUUCUACCGGCAAUUGCUUUGGUUGCACUUGGCUAUGUGAGUCCUGAUAAUCCAGUUCUUGCCAUUAGCAUUCUGGUUAUUGCCGUUGCAACAAAUAUGUCAAUUUAUUGUGGUCAUCAUGUGAAUCACAUGGAUUUGAGUCCAAAUUUUGCUGGUUCACUAAUGGGUUGCACCAAUGCUGUUGCUAAUGUUUGCAGUAUUCUUGCUCCACUUAUUGCUGGAUUGAUUGUACAGGAAAAGGAAAACGUCAGUCAAUGGAGAAGUGUAUUCUCCCUAACUGCAGGAAUUUACAUAUUGGGUGCAGUGGCUUUUCUACUAUUUGGCUCGACAAAAGUGCAAAAAUGGAAUGAUCCCAGUGGCACCAGCAGAAAGGACAGUAGAAUUUAUGGUAUUCCCGAGGCGCCAUCUUGCAUUGAAUUGGCUGAGAAGCUCGAGAAAGAAAAGAAUAAUACACAAAGAGAAGAAAUUCGAUGAUGCACGACAUUCGUUUUGUUUUAAAUAAUUUUUUUUUCUUUAAGAAAAAUCAUUUCUCGCACUCAAAAAAAAAAAAGAAGAGAAAAACACGCAUUGACAGGAUAAUUGCAUUAAAAAUCAGAGUUGGCAAAUUUUUUGUUUUCUUCGCUCGAUGACAAGAAACGCGAUGCGACUUAUCGAAGACUCUGAAAAAUGAAAUAUUCAUUUUCCGCAUU